AUGUAUAAAGCCUGUAGGCAGGAUUAUUGUGCCAAUCGCCAGGAAGCUGAAUCCAUUCUCUGUAGACAUCUAGAAGGAUUCGCCACUCUGUGCGCCAAACGUGGUCAGCUCGUUUAUUGGAGGUACCGUGUUCCCACAUGCAAACGAAAACUCAAGUGUGGAAAGAGAAAGUUUUACUGGUGGUUCGCCUCUGCGUGUCCCAACACUUGUAUGGAUCCAAAUGCAGAAAAGAAAUGCAUUCUGCCAAAGACUGAAAGUUGUCGCUGUGCUCAUGGUUUUGUUUUAAGUGGAGAUAAAUGUGUCAGGGCAAAAGAUUGUGGGUGUUCAAGAGGACCCUAUUAUUUCCCAUUGAAAGCAGUCUACUCGAAGCCCGAUUGCUCUGGAGUCGACACGUGUCGUAAGUUACCAGGCAAAAAGCGCCCUCAGUUAGUCAAGGGCAAAAAACAAACUUGUCACACUGAGGCUACUUGUGACGUUGUACACGGUGUACCUCAGUGCACAUGCCAGAUUGGAUUUACAGGGGAUGGUGUCAAAACAUGUAAACCGGCAACGUCCUGUUCUGUGUCAGAAAACGUCCGAAAUUGCAGCGCUACUAUUGAGUUAGCGGGAGAAUGUUUCUACAAAUCCAGACAUACGCAGGCGUGUAGAUACACCACGCUCAGCGUCACAGACGGCAAUAAACACCGUUCUUACGUCAAAUUUAAGGGUCAGACUAAAAGCCGGUCUCUACCCCGUGGUCACACAUCUUUAGGAUGUGCAGACUUUACCUUCUCAGGGGACCGAGUGAUUAUAGAGGAAAAAAUAUGUGAUUGUCCUGGACAGCAUUAG